CAUCUGCCUUGUACACCCACCCCCACCUCCGUAACCCAUCGUUGGGUGUACAUCUCGAUGCAACGAGCGCGGAAGUCGUGCUUCACAGUGCAGGUGGCUCUUGUUACUGUGUCAACGCUGUAACGGUUCAGGUGCGCCCAGCCGGUCUUACAAAGUGUCUUUCGUCAGCGGACGUCAGGAAUGGGGACCAUCCCAAAUGACAUCAGGAGGCUACUAGAUGACUGCGAGCUGUUUGUGUCAGAGAUCCUUCAGGAUGAGCAGCUGAGUGAAAAUGCAGCAGAGACCCGCAAAAUCUUACUGAAUAAUUUCAGGGUCGUGCAUAUGAGAAACCCUCAGGAAUUCCCCUUCCGCUCUGACUCGAGAGAGGAAGACGGUUCCGACGACAACCGUAGCUCCAGUCAGGGUCGCUCCGCCCAGUCUGACGACGCCUCGCUGGCUUCCGACAACCAGGAGGACGGAGCGGCUGAGUAUUUUGAGGACAUCCCACUCACUGCAGCUCAGGACCUCGGCAACAUCCUGAAGCAAGGCUACUUGGAAAAGAAACGACGAGAUCACAGCUUCUUUGGCUCAGAGUGGCAGAAGAGAUGGUGCGUCCUCAAUAAUUCCAUCUUCUUCUACUAUGGCAGUGACAAAGAUAAACAACAGAAAGGCUCGUUUUACAUCAAUGACUACAGUGUUCAGCUCAACAAAAACCUGAGGAAAGACUCCAAAAAGAAUGCCUGCUUUGAGCUGUUUGCUCCCGGACAGAGGACUUUCCAGUUCACUGCCGGCAGUCCUCAGGAGGCUCGAGAAUGGGUGAACUGCAUCAGUUUUGUGCUGCGAGAUCUUAGCUCCAGCACCAUUCCUUUCGACGAGGACGAGGAGGAGGAUGAAGGCGACGAUGGUGACGAGACAACCUAUGACGACAUCGAACGGCCCUCAGCCCUGCCCAGGCCUGCGGCUGCCGUCGCCACCCGGGCCUCUGACGGUAGCGUGGGAAGGCAGGGAGAAGGCAGUGAGGAGGACGUUUAUGAGAUUCUGCCAGAUGAGGAUUUUCCAGAUCCACCAGCCGAGGUCUUAGAGACAUCCAGCAAAGUCGUGUCUGAUUAUACCAACUACUAUCAGGCCGUGUGGGACUGCCAAGGAGACGCACCGGAUGAGCUGUCCUUCUUCAGAGGAGACCUCAUUUUCAUCCUCAGCAAGGAGUACAACAUCGAUGGUUGGUGGAUUGGCGAGCUGAAUGGUACCGUGGGUAUCGUCCCCAAGGACUUCCUGCACCCCGCCUAUAUCCUGUGAGCUGCAGCAGGUACAGGACAGCCCACGCAUCCAAAAAUCCAAAAGUGGUUCCCAACUAACGCACCACCACCAUUCACUGUCCUCUGAAAAAAAUAUUCUGUCAUUUGUUAGGUUCUCUUAUUAUUUAAACCACAAAUUCCAGUAUCUAUUCAUUUGAGCAAAGUGGGUGUGGCCAAAUUUGCAAUCAUGCUCAACAUUGCCAAAGACGAAGUAAACAUUUAUACUUCCCAAAAGCAGGGAUUUAUCAACAUUUAAAAAAAAAAAAUUAUGUGCAUUGUAGCUGCAAUUAUUUUAGAUGACAAAAGAAAUCUGGAAAGGGGUCUUCAACAGACAUUUUGGACCACUCAAAGGCGUUUGGUUGUUCGUUAUAUGUACUUUUUUUGGACAUUUUUACAAAAUGAAAAAAAAAUUUCAGUGUAAGUUGAUGUGGAGGAUAAAAACUGUUUCACAGCUUGAUUUAUAUAAAAAAUAAAGAAAAUCCCCAAAAAGGAGGUUAAAAAAAUACCAGAACUUGUCUUUAUAUAAAAAAUAAAGCAAAUCCCCCAAAAGGAGGUAAAAAAAAAAGCAGAACUUGUCUUAAUGUCAGUCUUUUUGUAAAUGAAGGGAGGAAAAUAAUUGGAGUUUUAAAACUGCAAUUUUAAGGCCAUAUCACACAUUAAAAUGAUUUCUCUGCUAAAUGUUUUCCCAUAAUGGUGGGCAUUUAUAGUCAUUACGCUGUAAUUACAAUGGACAUUAUUUAGAACCGUCAACAAAUUAUAUCCAAGUAAUUAUAUUGCUGUUUGUCAAAUAGUUGAAUUCUGGUCCAGGCCCCGACAUGGCACUUUGUCUUGGGAGUGACAAAUGCACAAGACAAGUGGGAUACGUUAAUAAGCAAAGUGUUUAUUUCAAAUAAACCACAAGAUGAAUGUAGUGUUGCUGCUCUCAUUAAAAGUAGACUUUUAUUUCCAAAAUAAAAUUGUGCAUCAUUGAAAUCUACAAGUAGCAAGAAAUCUAAGAAACAUUCCAGCAAAACAUCAGUGGUCGGUCAUGAAAGAAAAAAAUCAUUAAAAAGAGCUUUUAUUGUAUCUUGAGCUUGUAAACUCACUCCCUUUUUUUAACAUGACCCCCCCC